GCAAGACUAAACUCUGCAGCCAGCCACAGAACGGCAAACCUUCCCAGCCAUACAGCAGCAGGAGGAGGAGGAGGAAACGCCGUAAUCGCUUUCGCUUCCCCUCUUCCUCCGAAUCCGCCGCCUACCCAGAAGCCGAGACGCCCCAAUCCUCCGGAAAAACCCGGACUUGCUUCGACCCACAUCGGCCAUGGACUCGAUCGGCGUCCUCCUGACCUGCCCCAUGUUACCCUACCUCCAGCAGGAGCUCGAGAAGCGCUUCCGCCUCUUCGAGUUCUGGCAGUUCCCCCAGAGGACCCAGUUCCUCGAGGAGCACUCCGGCUCCAUCCGCGCCGUCGUCGGCAACAUCUCGGCCGGCGCCGACGCCGAGCUGAUCGAGGCCCUCCCCAAGCUGGAGAUCGUCGCCAGCUACAGCGUCGGGCUGGACAAGAUCGACCUGGGGAAGUGCCGGGAGAAGGGGAUCAGGGUGACCAACACCCCCGAUGUGUUGACCGAGGACGUGGCGGACCUGGUGAUCGGGCUGUGCCUGGCCGUGCUGAGGAGGAUUUGCGCGAGCGAUAAGUACGUGAGGAGUGGCGAGUGGAAGAAGGGGGACUUUAAGUUGACCACCAAGUUCACUGGAAAAACAGUUGGAAUCAUUGGAUUGGGCAGGAUAGGCACAGCAAUAGCCAAGAGAGCUGAAGCAUUUGACUGUCCGAUCAGUUACUGCUCCAGAACAGUGAAACCAGAUUGCAAAUACAAAUACUAUCCUAGUGUAGUUGAACUGGCCUCCAAUUGCCAUAUCCUAAUUGUUGCAUGCCCUCUCACGCCGGAGACACACCACAUCAUCAACCGCGAGGUCAUCGAUGCAUUAGGCCCCAAGGGUGUUCUCAUCAACAUUGGUCGAGGCCCACAUGUUGAUGAACCCGAGCUCGUAUCGGCGCUGGUGGAAGGCCGAUUGGGUGGGGCUGGGCUUGAUGUGUUUGAACAUGAGCCUGAAGUGCCCGAAGAGCUUUUUGGGCUUGAGAAUGUCGUUCUCUUGCCUCAUGUUGCGAGUGCCACGGUGGAGACUCGCAACGCCAUGGCUGACCUUGUCAUUGGAAACCUUGAAGCUCAUUUCAUGAACAAACCACUUUUGACUCCAGUUGUUUAACUGCCGUCAAAGGUAUGUGGAUACUGAGAUUUGUUGAGGCCUUCUAUAUGUAGCUGGCACUCCAUAAUCGAUUGUUCAGCCUGGCAAAUUGAGGUAGAAAUGCUUGCAGGGGUAAAGGAACCGCCUCGCUUCGAUACUGUAAUCUUCAUCUUUUUAGCGUUUUUAAGACUGGAAACUAUCAUUUGCUUUCCAACCAUGGAUGAUUGGUGGUGCAAACUAUGGCUCCAUUAGUGCUUUAGUAGAUAUGUUGACUUGGUUGUUUCAUUUGCGCUCUUA